AUGAACGUCUUUAGUACAGACUAACUCACGUUUCUCUCUUACGACUUUCAGGGUCCAUAGAUCAGAAGACAUCGGUAGGUAUAGGAGUCUUCCCCGUUCACCUGCUACUAUCACUAUUCAUGAGUUAGCUGCUUUCUAGCAAUCUGCGCCGUCGCUAGUUACAUCGACACAUCCUGCGACCGACACGAUAGGUGCUGGCCGUGUUUUCUGUAUAGCCCUCCCUUUCAUUCAUUAUACCGGCAAUGAUUGCCUCACUUCGGAGCCCUUUUCCAUCGCUUUGUGCAGACAACUUCCUGUCCAGAGGUGCGGGGGGUCAAGUCUUCACGAUCAGCCCACGCAUUGUUUUCAAAUGUCCAACGAGCUUCCAGAAUCCCGCGCCUGAGCAACAGGAGGAAGCAGAGGAGAGCAACGAACGGAUUACAAGAGAGAAAGAAGUCUACGAGCUUCUGAUUAAGCGUCCACAUCCCAACAUUGUCCGAUGCAUUCUCAUCGUUCCUGAAGGUAUUUUUUUAGAGCGGAUGGAGAUGACAUUGGAAACCCGCAUCGAUGAUCAAUCACUUCAUCCGACAUCCGCAAACGUCCACAUGCGCUGGAUCAGACAAAUCACGAACGCCUUGUCCUGGCUCGAAAAUCUAGGGCUUGCUCAUGGCGACCUGAGGCCAGCAAACCUACUUCUUACCCGCGACGAACAGAUUCGCCUGGCCGACUUUGAUAGCUCGGUCCCGAUAGGUCAUCAGCUUCGUGUUGCCAGCGAGCCGUUUUGCAAGCUUCACGACGAUUUUUCUCUCCCUGAAGCCGGCGCAGCUAGCGAACAGUUCGCGUUGGCGUCAUGCAUCUACACGAUCCGUUUCGGUCACAUUCCACUGCGCGAGCUUGAUGCGCCCAGCAGGAUUCAAAAGAUGAUGAGACACGACUUUCCAUCUACAAAGAAGGAUGACAUCUUUGGUCAUGUCACGCUCAAGUGCUGGCAGGGCAAUUACAACUCUAUCGCUGCUGUAUACCAUGAAGUUCAGUUAUGCCACAAGGCUGAGUGGGAGUUAGAGAGUCGCGAAACCCUCGGCCAUGAGAUAGCCACUCUCACAUCCGAGUGUGAGACGUUCCUGGCGAAGGAGGGAUCCACUUGGAGAAACCUGCUUCAAGACUGUUAGCAUGUACAAUAACUUCUCAUGCUUCUCUUAACGAAGGAGGUUUACGAU